GAGCCAGCUGCAGAAUAACGAACGGAGCCGCACGGAAAACUACUGCACACCUAAUGACAACUAAACUUGUAAAAUUCGCAUUUUGUAUUAUUCGAAAUUACUUCUUAGAGUUUACCGGUGUCCACAACAAAUUCCGUGGCUGAUGAUCUUCUCGUUUCCACGAUGCUGAUAAAGUUGCUAAUACCACGGUUACUGGUUACUGCGUCCGUGCUGUUGGUGGUUACCGUCGGGGUGCGUGCACCGAGGACGCCAGUCAUAGAAAUACCCAUCUUUAAGCAGGGGCCCAGGGAUUUCGGUAAACACGAUUAUUCAUCGCCUGUUGAGCACAAGAGGACCCGUGAGCACGAAUAUCGACCGACCGACACUUAUGAUACAGAACACAUUCAUCCUCCAAGAGACUCUAACACCUACACCGACAGCUGGCAUCCUAAUUUACUACAAUCCCAUACAGAGGAGUCAUGGUUCGAUCGGAUGUUAUUCAAAAAUAUUGACUCGCUUAGUUCAUUGGCCAAUGAAACAAUCGCUGUCCAGGAAUUGCUUAAAGGAGACAUUCCACAAGAGGAAGAAUCGCAGAAUUCGUCGAAGCUGGGGCCCAGGAAUCCCGGUACGCACGACUAUUCACCGCCUAUUAAUAACACCAGGCAUGAUGAUAAUGGCAAAGCAUCAUUAGCUAUUCAACAACCUAAGUCCCAUACAGAGGAGUCAUGGUUAAAUCAGAUGUUAAUCAAAAUCAUUGGCUCGCUUAGGACAUCGGCCAAUGAAACAAUCGCUGUCCAGGAAUUGAUUAAAGAAGACAUUCCACGAAAGGAAGAAUCGCAGAACUCGUCGGAGUUGAUUCAGAACUGCACUCACCACGUUGAACAGAUACAAAAACGGAUGCUGACAUUUAAGGACCAGCAAAUAAAUGUAUUAGAGUCGAUAGUUGAAUUUGAACAGGCGUAUGAGAUUUUAAGAGUGUCCUGGAAAACCAAACUUACAAAUAUUCUUUCAAAGACUUAUUCGCUAGAGGCUAGAAUCUUUCUGAGAAAAAUCGAGGAUGAACGGCCGGUCAGAUGCCCGCCGGAGAAUAUUAGGGAAAAAACUCGAACGGCAGACAAGCUUCAAGUCUCGUCAAAGCCAGCCACCACGCUCAGACAAGCUCUAGCACAGUUAUACAUACAAGAUCAUGUUAAGUUGGAGAUUACAAACUGCACUCACCAAAUUGAUCAUUUUCAAAAGCAGAUGCGCUUAUUUGAGGAUCAGCAAAUAAAUGUAUACGAUUCAAUAACUGAACUUAAACAAGAUUACAAGCUCUUGAUAGAAUCCUGGGAAACCGAACUUAAAAAUAUGACUGAAAGGAAAGUUCCGAUUGAAGAAGUGUAUAAAAAACUGUAUGAAGAUAUACAACUUCUCCGGUCUACUGACCAUAAGCAAGAGAUUAUUAUGGAUUACACUCAGAAGCUGGACGAACUUCAGGUCUCGUCGGAGCUGGUCAUGCCGCUUGAGAAACUUCGUAAACGAUUAAUAUUUCUAACAGACCCAUUUAAGUGGGAGCAUAGCAUCUGGCAGUUAAAUAGUAACGAGUCAUGGAAGCCCGUCAAUUUAACUCAUGAUUUGAAGCAGAAUAAAUGGAUAGUCUUCAAACAGAUCGACCCGUUACUGAAACGGUGGAGGCUGGUGGCUAAAACCGUACCGGACAUUACGCUCGGAGAAGACCGUGGACGAGUAGAACCAACAAAUUCAGGUUCUCGAAUGAUGCAGAACAGCACGUGGACGUUUCUUGGUAAAAUUCGGUGGAAUGACACAAAUUGUGACUUGCAGCAGUGUGGAUGGUUAGUAUUUAAUCAGACUGACCCUUUACUGAAUCAUUGGAGACUGGUAGUUUCCAGUCCUAUCAUAAUUGAAGAGCAGCAAAAUCCAUCGGAGCCGCACACCACACUCGAAAAUUCCCACAGUUAUGUAGUACCAACAGUUCCAAGUAAGACAGCUAGUGAACAACCUAAGAGCUUGGAAAUUUUAACCACAACUACCACGAUUGACCCUAUGUUGGUGGACGAGCUGCAGGACCCUACGAAUCCGUUCAACCUAGGACAAGGUUACGGAAAUUUACAUCUGUCAAAACCUGUUGUGUAUGAGGACAUGUCCACCUGGAAUUUUCCUGAUCAAACAUCAAGGGUCCCAUAGUUUAAGCCUCAAGCACUGGAAGCGAACGGCAAUUAUGUUAUAUAAGGACCAGAAAAUUGAACUGCAUACCACCAAAACUGGAACCUCCGAAGACAGCGGAUACCAGCUUAAAAUUAAAUAAGAAAACCAGAAAUUAAAAUAUUUCUAUCAGAUCCGUUGGACUAAUCCUUCUUAUUCAAACAUUUAGGUACAUACAUAAAUUCAUAAUAAUACUAAUAUUGUAUUUACUUAUUGUUACUUUAAUAGACAAAUUAUGUGGAUUUUUAGUUUUUAUGUAGCUUAUUAUUCUACUUAUGUCGUAUACUCAUAUUUAGCUUGAAUAAGUAAAUUAGACUAAUAAGAGCAUGAAUA